AUUUAGUAGGCAACCUGUCACAUAUCCAGAUGGAGUGCGUCAUGAGCAGCGCGCGAGAGGAUGCGCGCACGGGCAUAAGUGGAGACAUCAGUGCGCAAUGCCUGUGAGGAGGAUGCUGAAAUCGACCUAAGUGCCAGGGAUACCGUAGGAUUUCACAGAUUUAUUUUCGUACAGAAUGAAAAGGAAAUGAUUUGAUAAACUUAUCAGCAGCCUCCAGCUCUGCGUUUUCGCCAUGGUGGAGUUGGAUCCUGUUGUUUGGAACUUUACGCUCAAAUUGGACAAUGGAUCAAACACUAAUGAGAAUGUAUCUGGAUAUUCAGGUGAUGAUUAUUAUAAUAUUGUUCACCUCACGGAAACCAAAAUCCUUCCCGCGUUUGUUGGAUUUCUGUGCUCCACUGGACUUGUUGGAAAUGUUCUCGUCCUGGUCACUAUUUUAAGGUCAGCCAAAAAGACAGUACCAGAUGUGUAUGUGGGUAACUUGGCUGUAGCCGACCUGGUUCACGUGACCGUCAUGCCCUUUCUGAUUCACCAGUGGGCACGUGGAGGACACUGGGUCUUUGGCAGCACCCUCUGCAAAAUCAUCACCUCUCUGGAUAACUGCAACCAGGUGGCAUGUGCUGCAGUCAUGACUGCUAUGAGUCUGGACAGAUACCUGGCCCUUGUUCACCCAUUUCGCCUGUUGAGCCUCAGAACCAGAUCGAGGACAAUUCGUAUUAACCUCUUCGUAUGGGCGGCCUCCCUCUUAAUGGUUUUCCCAGCCUGGAUCCACUCCAAAGUGAUCCGCUUUAGGGAUGGACUGGAGAGCUGCUCACUGAACCUGGUCUCUCCUAAAGAGGUGCUCUGGUACACACUCUACCAAACCGUGACCUCUUUCUUUCUGCCAUUACCUCUAAUUUUCACCUGCUAUAUACUGAUUCUGUGUUACACCUGGAAGAUGUAUCGCAAGAAUAAAAAGGCUCACAGGUAUAGCACUAGCCUGCCUCGAGAACGUAUCGUCCGCCUCACUAAAAUGGUUCUAGUUCUUGUGGCUGUUUUCCUGGUCAGUGUCGGGCCCUAUCACGUGCUCCAGCUUGUUAACCUGAGUGUACCUCGUCCAUCAUUAGCAUACCAUACCUGCUACUACCUGUCGGUGUGCCUGAGCUACGCAGCCAGCAGUAUAAAUCCCUUCAUCUACAUUCUGUUUAGCGGACAUUUUCGCCACAGACUGGUUUGUCGGGACACACCCAGCAUGCCGAGUGUGGAACGGGAGAUUCAUCCACGCUCCAGUUUUUAAUCCCACAAUGAAACACAGUCAACACUCCAAAAAAGUAGCAGGUGCACAAAUGUUUUCUCGGGGCUGUUGCAAAGAAAGGGUAAAAAAAGGAUGUUUAAAACGUGUGCAUGUUUAAUAUGCAUGGUUGCUCUUUUUGCAGCAGACCUAUGUUUUUAUGUUGCUUGGGUUUAUUGUGCAUUGUGAUGUUGUUGCUCCCUCUACUGUUUCUUUUGAGUAAUUGUUUUCACAGCAGCAUCCCUGCAUGUCAAGUUUGCUUUAAAAAAUAAAGUUUUGAAGGGGGAUUUCAUAGUGCAUUAUUUUAUAGUGUGCACAAAGAAAAUAAACAUUUAAAAACAUAAUAAUAUUAACAGUGUUUAAGGACAAAUAAAUUAUUUAUGCCAUUAUUUAUGCUUACAAUUAAUGGUACAGUAUUUUUAUAUUUUUAUUUAUAAGUUGAUGUUAAAUGUUUUGCAGUUUUCUCUAUUGUUACAUGCUUUUGUUCCAGUUUUUAAAAGAAAAAACUGUGUAAGAAUUCACUAUGUUAAGAAAACUGCAAAUGUACACUGCAGUAAUAAUGAAGCUGAUGGCAUCUGAUCAGUAUAAAGUGUAAGGUCAUUGACCAUACAGGCAGAGACUGAGGGAUCUGCUGCCAGCUUAGCUCAAAAAUUGGGAUCAAUAUUUAGACCAGACCAGAGACAGACAGGGUUCGCGUCUGACCUGAAGCAUGCCUGUCAGCAAUGGCUGGAAACUCAACCCCCAUGCUUGCCAAAAGGAAAAGACCAAUUCAUGCAUACAAAUACUUGUCAAUAACAGUGUUUCAGUGUCAACAUAGCCUGUUGUCACCAUGCAUUUCAACAGUAUUCGAUAAAAUAUUUCACAAACUGUUAUUGAAAGUGAUUCAGUGAAGCAAUACAUCGCAAUUGACCGAGUUUUGUUUUAUUUGCUGACAUGUUAAUUUAAUGUAAUCCUGUAUAGAUAAAAAGGUAAACAUUUUUGUCUCUGUUUAUAAUAUAGAGGCCUUAAGCCCAAGAUCCACACUCUGUUCCAUUUCAACUUUUGUUUAAAAAAAAUAUUUUUUCUAUUUACCACAUUAUUCUGGACUAUGCAAGUGGUGACGGUCUGCUGUGGGCAGUCUGACAUUGUUUGACCUUGUUUGCAUUUGAUACAUAUGGUAUACCUUGUUACUUCCACCCCAACUGUUUAGCAGCCUUACAACAAUGGUACUUGACCUAUUCUACUGCUAUUAACACCAACACAAAAGUGAACUUCAUUGUAAAUAUGAGCUAAAUGUAGAAAUGUAUUUCAUCUUAUGUUUUCUUGAAAUUUUUACUUGAAAUCCAUGCGUAUGUAUUAAUAUAAUUAGUAUUUGCUGUAGUAAAUUAAUUUAAAUAUUAUUUAUUUCCAAUAGUGUUUAUGUACAGGUGAGAACUGAAUGCAUUUUUCCUAUUUAUUUCACUGUGAAAUAAAAUCUACUUUCAUGCA